AAAAAACCCAGAAGUCUCUCCACUCUUCCGUUGAAAAAUGUCACAAACUAGAGAAGCACCGAUCCUCCGACGAAGGAAGAAUGAUCUCCCACACGACAUUGUACUCAACAUCCUGACAAGGCUGCCUGCCAAAUCACUCAUAAGAUUCAGGUGCGUUUGCAAAACCUGGGACUCCUCAAUCACCACCCCCUAUUUCAUCUCUACUCACCUUAAUAACUUAGCUCAUGAUAAUGGUGAUGGUUAUAUCAUACACAUGCCAUGGAAUACAAAUUCUUCUAACAGAGCAGUCUGUACGGUCGCUUUUGACCGCACCUUUGAUAGGAUUUCUGAGAUCGAAGUUCCCUUUGAUUUGCCUUCUGGGUCUAUCCAAAUAGUCGGUUCCUGCAAUGGGUUAUUGUGUCUUGCUCAUAACGGGGGUCUCACCACUACUGAUAAUGUUAUAUAUUUGUGGAACCCCAGCAUUAGAAAAUUCAAGAGGUUGCCUGAUUCUUGCUUACCACAGAUGGGUUAUGAACACUUGGGUUCUUCUACACUCGGAUUUGCAUAUCAUUUGGAGAACAAUGACUACAAGGUUUUGAGGAUUUCGCGUUAUUUUGGGAUUAAACCGCAUAUCCCUGAUGAGUUUGAGGUGUACACAUUAAGUUCGGAUUCAUGGAGAAAGGUUGGGAUGUCAUUGAGAACCAAUUUUAUGGAAUGUGUUGAUAAUUUUCCUUUGCAAAUCCCAUUGGUUAGUGGAGCUUUGCACUGGAUCUCACGUGUAGUAGAAGGAGGAGAGGAGCACAAGAGUGAAGUGAUUAUGUCAUUUGAUGUCAAUGGUGAGAAAUUUAGAAUGUUAAGAAUGCCUGAUGAUUCUAAGUCAAUAGUGAGAUCUCAGACAUGUCUUACAUCACUCAAGGGGAAACUGGCUUUCCUUUCAUUUGGAAGUAUUGAACGUGACUACCACUACUCCAUGUGGGUGAUGAGGGAGUAUGGCGUGCUUGAGUCUUGGAAUAAACUUUUUGUUGUACCACUUGAGAGAAUAUCUGCUUGCAUUGGCUUCACCCUGUAUGGUUCACUUUUGAUUCGCUGCGUUGAGUCCAACAAUCAAGCAAAGAAGAUUGUUUUAGUUGACACUAAAACUCUACACGAGAAGGAUUUUGAUAUCCAACAACCUUUAUGUGUAGCUGCUUUCAUGGAGAGCCUUGCUUUACUUGAUGGAGCAAACAUGGUGUCUUACUAAGCAAAUGGUGGCAUGCAAAUUAGAAGGAAGUUCUUAGUGGUAUGGAUGAAGUGAAACCCUUCCCUUGUUAUUCCGUUUCCUUUAGCAGUAGGCAUGAUAGUAUUGCUAAAAGCUUGAUUGUUAUCCCAGGUUUACGAUAUCCUUUUGUGGCUAUUAUAUAUUAGAAUAUGAUAUUACUCUGUGGAUAUCUAGAUUUGGCAAUGUCAAUAGAAAACAAUACUUGGUCAAGAUAAUCAUUUUUUUCUUAUGUGUCCCUCUGGUAGUGUUAAAAAGAUCUAGAUUAUUGCUCUCUUGACUACAAUUUAAAAGAAGAAA